AGUCCGUCUGCGUCUGCGCGAGGGCACGCGGGGGUUUUCGGGUAGGACGUCUCACAGGUGACCCUGAUGCCCAUGAAGGGUUGAAUUUUUAAACUACACCUUUUUGAAAAUUUCAAAGUAGAGAGGCAGCAGGAGUCCCCCGGGGCGGACGCUCGGUGAACAUGUCGACCCUCCUGCGGUCCAUCUCCAGCUCCUGUCUAGCUCUGUCCCAUAGAAGAGCCCAUCAGCAGACGCUUGGAAGGAGGCAUUUCAGGGUUUUCCCAGCAUUAUGGGACCAAAAAGCUCCUAGAGGUGUGCCCUACAAGGACCUGGUGGUUGGAGUUCCCAAGGAGACGGCGCAUAGUGAACGGCGUGUGGCGUUGUCUCCUGCUGGGGUUCAGGCGCUGGUCAAACAGGGCUUCAAGGUUCAGGUUGAGAGUGGAGCUGGAGAUGAAUCCAAGUUCUCUGAUCAGCAGUACAAAGAUGCAGGGGCCACUAUUACCGACGUUAAGGGAGCUCUGGGAUCCGAUUUGGUCCUGAAGGUUCGAGCCCCUAGUUUGAGCGAAGCCGAUCUGCUGAAGCCCAAGUCCACAUUGGUGAGCUUCAUCUAUCCAGCCCAGAACCCAGAGCUGAUGGCGAAGCUCUCAGAGAGGCAGAGCAAUGUGUUGGCCAUGGACCAGGUGCCCAGAGUGACCAUCGCUCAGGGCUAUGACGCUCUCAGCUCCAUGGCUAACAUCGCUGGGUACAAGGCUGUUGUUUUGGCUGCCAACCACUUUGGCCGGUUCUUUACCGGACAGAUCACAGCGGCUGGAAAAGUACCACCUGCUAAGGUCUUGGUUAUUGGAGGCGGAGUGGCUGGUUUAGCAGCGGCGGGGGCCGCCAAGUCAAUGGGAGCCAUCGUCAGGGGGUUUGACACCAGGCCAGCAGCUCUGGAGCAGUUCAAGUCCUUUGGGGCAGAGCCUUUGGAAGUGGAGAUCAAAGAGUCUGGCGAGGGGGUUGGAGGUUACGCCAAAGAGAUGUCGAAAGAGUUUAUUGAGGCUGAGAUGGCCCUUUUCGCAAAGCAGUGUAAGGAAGUCGACAUUCUGAUCAGCACUGCCCUGAUUCCAGGAAAGAGGGCUCCUAUUCUGAUUAAGAAGGACUUUGUGGAUUCGAUGAGGGAUGGCUCAGUCGUGGUGGAUCUGGCUGCUGAAGCUGGGGGCAACAUCGAGACCACGAAGCCCGGCGAGCUGUAUGUUUACAGGGGAGUAACGCACAUUGGUUACACAGACCUUCCCAGCCGCAUGGCUACUCAGGCCAGCACCCUGUAUUCAAACAACAUCCUGAAGCUGUUGAAGGCCAUCAGCCCAGACAAGGAGUUCUUUCACUAUGAGACCACAGAUAACUUUGACUAUGGAACCAUUGGGCACGUCAUUCGUGGCACUCUUGUCAUGCAGGAGGGUAAAAACAUGUUCCCAGCCCCCCUCCCUAAAACCACCCCACCGCCCCCAGUCAAACAGAAAAGUGUUGCUGAGUUGGAGGCCGAAAAAGCUGCAGCGGUUUCUCCGUUCAAGCGCACCAUGACCUCUGCCGGUGUCUACACUGCAGGAGUCUCCACCUGUCUGGCUUUGGGCAUCAUCUCCCCCAAUGCAGCCUUCACCCAGAUGGUCACAACCUUUGGUUUGGCUGGAAUUGUGGGAUACCACACUGUGUGGGGAGUGACUCCUGCUCUGCACUCCCCUUUAAUGUCUGUCACUAAUGCCAUCUCAGGUCUGACAGCAGUCGGAGGUCUGGUUCUUAUGGGCGGGGGUCUCACACCAUCCAGCUUCCCAGAGACUCUUGCUCUGGCUGCUGCCUUUGUUUCUUCCAUCAACAUUGCAGGUGGUUUCCUGAUCACCCAGAGGAUGCUGGACAUGUUCAAGCGUCCCACUGACCCCCCAGAGUACAAUUACCUGUACGCUCUUCCUGGAGCUGCGUUUGUUGGAGGAUACGGAGCAUCCCUUGCAGCUGGAUACAGCAUUGAGCAGAUGAUGUAUUUGGGCUCUGGCUUAUGCUGUGUUGGCGCCCUGGCUGGCCUCUCCACGCAGAGCACUUCUCGUCUGGGGAACGCCCUUGGCAUGAUGGGUGUGGCAGGAGGCCUGGCGGCCACCAUCGGUGCCCUCAAACCCUCACCAGAGCUGCUGUCUCAGAUGUGUUUGGCCAUGGGCACCGGGGGAACCUUGGGCCUCACCAUCGCCAAGCGCAUUGAAAUCACAGACUUGCCUCAGCUGGUGGCGGCCUUCCACAGCCUUGUGGGGCUGGCGGCUGUUCUCACCUGCGUAGCCGAGUUCAUGAUUGAGUACCCCCACCUGGACACCCACCCGGCUGCCGGCGUCCUCAAGACCGUGGCUUAUCUGGGCACUUACAUCGGAGGCGUCACAUUCAGCGGAUCGCUGGUGGCCUACGGAAAGCUUCAAGGUAUCCUCGACUCUGCCCCGUUGCUGCUGCCUGGUCGACAUAUGCUGAACGCAGGUCUGAUGGCAGCGUCCAUGGGAGGCAUGGUGCCCUUUAUGCUUAGUUCCAGCUACAACACUGGGAUGGGUUGUCUGGUCGGAGUCUCUGGGCUUUCAACUAUUAUGGGUGUAACACUGACAGCAGCCAUCGGGGGCGCUGACAUGCCAGUGGUCAUUACCGUGCUAAACAGCUACUCAGGUUGGGCUCUCUGCGCUGAAGGUUUCCUGCUUGACAACAAUCUCAUGACAAUUGUGGGAGCCCUGAUUGGCUCAUCUGGUGCAAUUCUGUCAUACAUCAUGUGUGUGGCUAUGAACCGAUCUCUGCCCAAUGUGAUCCUGGGGGGCUACGGCACCACUUCCACUGCUGGCGGCAAGCCCAUGGAGAUUGUUGGCACCCACACUGAGGUCAACAUUGACCAGACCAUUGACAUCAUCAAAGAAGCCAAUAGCAUCAUCAUCACACCCGGCUGGGGUCUGUGUGCAGCCAAAGCGCAGUACCCAAUUGCAGAUAUGGUGAAAAUGCUAAGGGAGCAAGGGAAGACAGUCCGGUUUGGGAUCCACCCAGUGGCAGGACGCAUGCCUGGCCAGUUGAAUGUCCUGCUGGCUGAAGCUGGUGUUCCCUAUGACGUGGUUCUGGAGAUGGAGGAAAUCAACGACGACUUUCCAGAGACAGAUUUGAGUCUGGUCAUCGGAGCGAAUGACACAGUGAAUUCUGCAGCACAAGAGGAUCCCAACUCCAUCAUCGCUGGCAUGCCGGUCCUGGAAGUGUGGAAGUCCAAACAGGUGAUUGUGAUGAAGCGCACCUUGGGAGUGGGCUACGCAGCAGUCGAUAACCCCAUUUUCUACAAACCGAACACCUCCAUGUUGCUGGGAGAUGCCAAGAAGACGUGCGACAGCCUCCAGGCCAAGAUCAGAGAGGUCUACUACUAGUUCCCGUCUAUUCUUUUGUGUACAAAAGCUGGUCUAAUAAGACUUUUAUUCACUACAUUGGUAUUAGGGAUUCCAUUUUUAUUUGGUGAUCAAAUUUUGUUGGUUUGAGCAAGUAUGCUUCCAGGCUGUGGGGUGCCAAAGAAUCCUAACAUUGCUUGAAAUUUUACAAAAUGUAUGUAUCCAUUUGUAAAUAAAACACACUGGAGAGCAUUUGAAGUCCAUAUUUGAAGUAAUGUUGCGUAAGCAUGUACACCAAGUCAUGUGUUAACGUCAAAAGAGGACAAAAAAACACCUGGCGAGGCAUGUCGCUGCUUCAAAAGGACACUUCAGCUUCCAUUAAAGGCAAUGAAAUGAA